AGAAGGAAAGUGUCUCCCAGAGCUGGAGAGGGGCGACCGGGGAGCCGACACGCCGACUUCCUGGAGAGGCCACAGGGUGGCGCCAGAAGCCCGCGAGCAAAGGGCCAGUCAGACCGUUCCGCUCCCCGGAGCCAUCUGGAGGAGAGCCAGCACUGAGGCAAUGGCAGUGCCCAGUCUGUGGCCGUGGGUGGCAUGCCUGCUUGUGGUCCUCCUGUCCCUGGGACUUGGCCUGGACACACUGGAGGUGUGUCCCAGCCUGGACAUCCGCUCAGAUGUGGCCGAGCUGCGGGGGCUGGAGAACUGCAGCGUGGUGGAGGGUCACCUGCAGAUCCUGCUCAUGUUCACGGCCACAGGUGAGGACUUCCGCGGCCUCAGCUUCCCACGCCUCACUCAAGUCACUGAGUACCUGCUGCUCUUCCGUGUCUAUGGCCUGGAGAGCCUGCGGGACCUCUUCCCCAACCUGGCAGUCAUCCGUGGCGCCCGCCUCUUCCUGGGCUACUCGCUGGUCAUCUUUGAGAUGCCACACCUGCGGGACGUGGGGCUGCCGGCACUGGGGGCCGUGCUGCGUGGGGCUGUGCGCGUGGAGAAGAACCAGGAGCUCUGCCACCUCUCCACCAUUGACUGGGGCCUGCUGCAGCCGUCACCGGGUGCCAACCACAUCGUGGGCAACAAGCUGGGUGAAGAGUGUGCUGACGUGUGCCCUGGCGUGCUGGGCGCCACUGGCGAGCCCUGUGCCAGGACCACCUUCGGCGGGCACACAGACUACAGGUGCUGGACCUCCAGCCACUGCCAGAGAGUGUGCCCCUGUCCACGCGGGCUGGCCUGCACAGCGGGGGGCGAGUGCUGCCACGCGGAAUGCCUGGGGGGCUGCAGCCUGCCGGAGGACCCCCGCGCCUGCGUCGCCUGCCGCCACUUCUACUUCCAGGGCGCCUGCCACCAGGCCUGCCCCGUGGGCACCUACCAGCACGAGUCCUGGCGCUGCGUCACGGCGGAGCGCUGCGCCAGCCUGCACUCUGUGCCUGGCCGCGCCUCCACCUUUGGCAUCCACCAGGGCAGUUGCCUUGCCCAGUGCCCGCCAGGCUUCACCCGCAAUGGCAGCAGCAUCUUCUGCCACAAGUGUGAGGGGCUGUGCCCCAAAGAGUGUAAAGUGGGCACCAAAACCAUCGACUCCGUCCAGGUGGCACAAGAUCUGGUGGGCUGCACCCACGUGGAGGGGAGCCUCAUCCUCAAUCUUCGCCAGGGUUACAACCUGGAGCAGGAGCUGCAGCACAGCCUGGGGCUGGUAGAGACCAUCACUGGCUUCCUCAAAAUCAAGCACUCCUUUGCCCUCGUGUCCCUGGGCUUUUUCAAGAACCUCAAACUAAUCCGGGGAGACGCCAUGGUGGAUGGGAACUACACUGUGUACGUGUUAGACAACCAGAACCUUCAGCAGCUGGGGUCCUGGGUGGCCCCCGGGCUCACCAUUCCCGUGGGCAAGAUCUACUUCGCCUUCAACCCACGCCUCUGCUUGGAGCACAUUUACCGCUUGGAGGAGGUGACCGGCACGCGGGGGCGACAAAACAAGGCGGAGAUCAACCCCCGCACCAACGGAGAUCGCGCCGCCUGCCAGACUCGCACCCUGCGCUUCGUGUCCAACGUGACCGAGGCAGACCGCAUCUUGUUGCGCUGGGAGCGCUACGAGCCACUGGAGGCUCGCGACCUACUCAGUUUCAUCGUGUACUACAAGGAGUCCCCAUUCCAGAACACCACGGAGCACGUUGGUCCAGAUGCCUGCGGGACCCAGAGCUGGAACCUGCUGGACGUGGAGCUGCCCCUAAGCCGCAACCAGGAGCCAGGAGUGAUCCUAGCGCCCCUCAAACCCUGGACACAGUACGCAGUGUUUGUGCGGGCCAUCACGCUGACCACUGCUGAGGACAGCCCCCACCAAGGAGCCCAGAGUCCCAUCAUCUACCUCAGAACCCUGCCUGCAGCGCCCACGGUGCCCCAGGACGUGAUCUCCACGUCGAACUCCUCCUCUCACUUGCUGGUGCGCUGGAAGCCACCGACCCAGCGCAACGGGAACCUCACCUACUACCUGGUGCUGUGGCAGCGUCUGGCGGAGGACGGCGACCUUUACCUCAAUGACUAUUGCCACCGCGGCCUGCGGCUGCCCACCAGCAACAACGACCCCCGCUUCGACCGCGAAGACGGGGAACUCGAGGCGGAGAUGGAGCCCGGCUGCUGCCCUUGCCAGCACCCACCUCCGGGGCAGGUCCUGCCACCGCUGGAGGCGCAAGAGGCCUCGUUCCAGAAGAAGUUCGAAAACUUUCUGCACAACGCCAUCACGAUCCCCAAAUCCCCUUGGAAGGUGACGUCCAUCAAUAAGAGCCCUCAAAGGGACUCUGGGAGGCACCGCCGCGCUGCAGGGGCCCUCCGACUUGGGGAGAACAGCUCAGACUUCGAGAUUCAGGAGGACAAAGUGCCCCGAGAGCGAGCGGUGUUAAGCGGCCUGCGCCACUUCACGGAAUACCGGAUUGACAUCCAUGCCUGCAACCACGCGGCACACACCGUGGGCUGCAGCGCCGCCACGUUUGUCUUCGCGCGCACCAUGCCCCACAGAGAGGCUGAUGGUAUCCCAGGGAAGGUGGCCUGGGAGGCGGCCAGCAAGAGCAGUGUCCUUCUGCGCUGGCUUGAGCCAUCGGACCCUAAUGGACUCAUCCUCAAGUACGAAAUCAAGUACCGCCGCCUGGGAGAGGAGGCCACAGUGCUGUGUGUGUCCCGCCUUCGAUAUGCCAAGUUUGGGGGUGUUCACCUGGCCCUGCUGCCCCCUGGAAACUACUCUGCCAGAGUGCGAGCCACCUCGCUGGCUGGCAACGGCUCCUGGACGGAGAGUGUCGCUUUCUACAUCCCUGGGCCAGAGGAGGAAGACUCCGGGGGACUGCACGUCCUUCUCACUGUCACCCCCGUGGGGCUCAUGUUGCUCAUCAUCCUUGCUGCCCUCGGUUUCUUCUAUAGCAAGAAGAGGAACAGCACCCUGUAUGCUUCUGUGAAUCCAGAGUACUUCAGCGCCUCUGACAUGUACGUCCCUGACGAGUGGGAGGUGCCUCGGGAGCAGAUCUCCAUAAUCCGGGAACUGGGCCAGGGCUCUUUCGGGAUGGUAUACGAGGGGCUGGCACAAGGACUGGAGGCUGGAGAGGAGUCCACGCCCGUGGCCCUGAAGACAGUGAACGAGCUGGCCAGCCCGCGAGAACGCAUUGAGUUCCUCAAGGAAGCCUCUGUCAUGAAGGCGUUCAAGUGUCACCAUGUGGUACGUCUCCUGGGUGUGGUGUCUCAGGGCCAGCCAACUCUGGUCAUCAUGGAGUUAAUGACUCGUGGGGACCUCAAGAGCCAUCUUCGAUCUUUGCGGCCUGAAGCAGAGAACAACCCUGGGCUCCCACGGCCAGCCCUGGGCGACAUGAUCCAGAUGGCCGGUGAGAUUGCAGAUGGCAUGGCCUACCUUGCUGCCAACAAGUUUGUGCACCGAGACCUGGCGGCCCGAAACUGCAUGGUGUCCCAGGACCUCACCGUCAAGAUCGGGGACUUCGGGAUGACUCGAGACGUGUAUGAGACGGACUACUACCGCAAGGGCGGGAAAGGGCUGCUGCCUGUACGCUGGAUGGCCCCCGAGUCCCUCAAAGAUGGGAUCUUUACCACCCACUCGGAUGUCUGGCCCGCCUGCAUGUCCUCCAGGUCCUUCGGCGUGGUGCUCUGGGAGAUCGUGACCCUGGCUGAACAGCCCUACCAGGGUCUCUCCAAUGAGCAGGUGCUCAAGUUUGUCAUGGAUGGCGGGGUCCUGGAGGAGCUCGAGAGCUGUCCCCUUCAGCUGCAGGAGCUGAUGAGCCGCUGCUGGCAGCAGAACCCACGCCUGAGGCCAGCCUUCACCCACAUCCUGGACAGCAUACGGGAGGGGCUGCCAGCCUCCUUCCGUCACCGCUCCUUCUACUACAGCCCUGAGUGCCAGGGGACCCGGGCCUCUCUGCCACCCCCUGACGCAGAGCCCGACUCCCUGCCAACCCCAGAAGGGGCUUCCUCAGACCUCAGCCCCCCAAAUGGGGCUGCAGGGCACUGAGGGACACCCCACUCCCUGGCUGAUUGGCCUCCCACGGGCAGAGAGGAAGGGACCUGACCUUUGCAGCUGUGACAUGUGCUCAGACAGGCCAGGGGUGGCCGAGGCUGGGGUAGAGAGCAGGGGCCGGGGAAGCGGGGCUGGUCUGAGCCGACUCACCUCAGGAAGGUCAAGUUCUCCCUCAGGAAGUCAGUGAGGCCCCAGCAGGGGGUGGGGACAAGGCCAGGACUUCCUGGCCCUCAGAGUGGGAGACCCUGUCAGCCUGUGUGCCCAGAGGCAGGGUCCAGGGAGCCCCACCCUCAGCCUGCAGGUCUCCUGUGGACGUCUGGGACCAUCAGCACAGCACCCCUGAAGCCAGAUGCAGAGGCAGAAUCAGCCUGGAACCGUCUCUGUCCAUGUCUGGGCUGCUGAGAAUGGGGGUCCACAUGGCUGCCCUCCUUGGCACUGCGUUUCUCCUCCCCCCCUCUGCCUCAGACCCAGCGGAGUGGAGCCCAGGGCCGUGUGAGCAGCUUCCCAGCCUGGCCAUGCAGGCGCCCUCACUGCCUCCUCUCUUGCCAUCCCAGGCACCUCCACGCUCGGUGCUCAUCCUUCCUCCUCCCACCUCUCCUCCCCCAUCCCUUGGAGUGAGUCGCCCCUGCUCCCCGUCUGGGCCCCUCGGUCUCCCCAUCGCCCUGGGUUUUCCAGGCUUUAAGAGGC